AUGUGGAUCAAAAAUCAAAGACAGAGAAAUGCUACGGCGUACCCGGUAGGCGACGCGCAGGUAGAUCGCCGUUUACCUGUGAGAAAUGGAAUACGGCUACCAUAUCAAGAGCGGAUACGGCUAAAGAAGGUAGCUCAGAGGAAGGAGAAGAGAGAUAAGAAAGUGGAGAAAGUGAUGGUGUUUGGGACAGUAAAUGUGGGAAGUCUCAGUGGUAGAAGCAUGGAACUAGUCGAUCUGAUGGAGCGCAGAGGAAUCAACAUAUUAUGCGUUCAGGAAACCAAAUGGAAAGGAUGCGAGGAGGAGGAAAAGGAAGAAUUUUGGGACAAUCUCGGACAAAUUAUACAGAAUGUACCACCAAUAGAAGUACUGUGGGUGGGUGGUGACUUGAAUGGACAUGUGGGCGAAGGCAAUACAGGAUCAAGUGAGAGUGUGCCGAAACAGCAUAGGCCCCUAGUUUGCAAGAUCAAUAUUAAAAUUAUCAAAUCCAUACAGCAGAAAGGAAUACGGAAAACGAAAUGGUGGAGACUCAAGGAAAGUGCAAAGGAGACACUUGGGGAAAGUUCCGGGAAUGAAAAAGAGGGCAAGGAGACCUGGUGGUGGAACGAAGCGGUACAGUUGGCAGUGAAGAGAAAGAAGGAAUGUAAGAAGAAUAGGGACCACAAAAGAACGGAAGAGACCAUCAAGGUGUUCAAAGAAGCUAAUAAGACCGCUAAGUGUGCAGUUGCUAAAGCGAAGGCCCCAGCAUAUGAAGAACAGUACAACAGUCUAGAAAAUGAAGGGGAACCCGUGGAAAGAAUUACUGAAACCGAAGUGAAACUUGCCUUGAGAAAGAUGAAGAAUGGGAAGAGUGUUGGACCUGACAACAUACAAGCAGAAGUUUGGAAACGCCUAGGAAAUACAGGAGUGGAAUUACUGACGAAAUGGUUUAAUGACAUCUUAAACACUGGUACUAUGCCUGAGGAAUGGGGAACCAGCACACUGAUCCCCAUCUUUAAGAACAAAGGGGACAUUCAGGAAUGCGGGAACUAUAGAGGCAUAAAGCUCAUGUCACACACAAUGAAGAUAUGGGAGAGAAUAAUGAAUAAUCGGAUCAGAGGAAUAGUUAAAAUCAGUGAGGAACAGUUUGGAUUCAUGCCAGGACGUGGUACAACAGAUGCCAUUUAUGCACUACGGUUGCUGAUGGAAAAGUACAGGGAAGGAUAG